AUGCCCUACGCAAUACGUCGAGCUCUCCCGUCCGUCGAGGCAAUCUCACGAAAUUUUACCAACAUCCUUCUCCCGAUCUUAACAUCCCGCCGGCUGACAUACUAUACGCCUUACCCCACCUUUGAACGUCUUCUCGCACAAACGGGACAUGGGAUGAUUUCAUCAAGGAAUUCACGAAUGUCGCGAGGGAGGUGA